UAGAAAACGAGAAAAUUCUAGAAAAUUCUUUAUUCUCAGAAAAACUAUAAGAGCCGCUGUCUCGUUGAUCACAAAAAUUACUAAGUUUGCACUUGUGAAGUUUAAUAACCUAUAAAUAAUUUUUUUAUUUUUAUAAAUAUUGUAAAUAUGAGUGGAAAAAAAUUAUUGUGCUACCAUCGAGGUUGUGGACAAGAUUAUGACCCAGAUGACAACAAACCUGAUUCAUGUGUUCAUCACCCGGGAGUUCCAGUGUUCCACGACGCCUACAAAGGCUGGUCGUGCUGCAACAAAAAGUGCACAGACUUCACUGAAUUCCUGAACAUCAAAGGUUGCACCAAGUCGGAGCACUCGAAUGAAAAACCCCCGGAGCCAGAAAAGCCAGCUGUUGACAAAUCUAAAGCUGCUGAGGUUAUAGAGUACCGCGCGCCAGUAAACACUGAGCCGACGAUAGAGAGACCACCUUUCGACACUCCACAGAAAACUAUGCAGCCGGUGGUGUCCCAGGCGCUGAUGGACCAGGUGAAAGGCUUCAUCACGAAUACUGAAAGUCUUCCUGAGAGCCAAAUGGUUAAAGUAGGGCAGAGUUGUAAAAAUAGGGGCUGUUCUGCUACCUUCACUGAGACUGACAGUGACAAUACCAAAUGUGUUCAUCAUCCAGGAGUUCCUGUUUUUCACGAGGGCUUGAAGUACUGGUCUUGCUGUCCCAGGAAGAAGAUGACUGACUUUGACCAGUUUGAGAAACAUCCUGGCUGCAGUGAGGGGACUCAUGUUUGGAUUGCUAAGAAUACCGGUAACAAAGCUCCUUGCAGAUUAGACUGGCACCAGACAGGUUCAUUCGUCGUAGUAUCAAUUUUCGGCAAAAAAUACCACCCAAAUAAGUCUUACGUAAAACUGAGCCCUGUAAGACUGACAGUACAAUUAUUUUUCCCUGAAGAUAACAAAUAUUACGACUUAGAUAUUGAAUUACGUGGGGUCGUUGAUGUAGAGAACAGUGCAGUCCAAAUGUUACCCACAAAAGUGGAGAUAAAGUUAAAAAAAGCAGAGCCAGGUUCCUGGUCGAAGCUUGAUAUUCCCAAAGAAACUGCUUCUGCGAAGGAAGCGCCUAAAGAAGAAGACAACUCCAUCACUGACAGAGUGGACGCAGUUGACCUAAAUGACCUCUAAUGUUCAAAUAAAACCGCACAAAUAUUUUAUACUUUCAUUUCGUUAAAGUUUUACCAAUAAAAAAAUGUUGACACAAA